CAGCGCGGCUGCAUUCAACAUAGCCAUCUUGUCAAGAGCGACUGAGUGAGGGAGGUAACUGUUGGCGCUGUUUGGAUCCUCAUUCGUGGCCAAGCUUGAGAUUUAACGGCGUAUUCUUCCGUCCGCCGCCACGAGCUUCACGGUGAGCGGCGCCGCCGGGGGACUCUGAGCGGGCGAAGUGAGCGGCCACGGAGGACUGCUUUCAGGAAGAUGUCUCACAGACUUGUUCCGACGUAGGGGGAGUGUGCAGCAGCCAGUUGGCUUGACUCGCUAGCUAGCUCGGUGAGUGGAGGGCUGCGGGCCCUCCUCAGCCUCAACUAGCUCCCGCAGCUGGGCAGCACACUGUGCGACGGCGGCCGCCUGACAACUGCACAGCCGGGAUAUUAGCAGGCCAGUCCGGACUGACCGAAGCCUCCGCCUCGCCCCCCCCCCCCCCCCUUGACUCGACCCCCAAACCCCCCCCGCACGGGCGGCUGGUGCCAGUGUCCGGACCCGCAUCGCUGGACAAGACGACACGGAGUGCAGCGUUGCGUUAUGAGCUCAUGAAACGAACCUGGAGACCGAGGGAGGAAGAGGGAUGGCGCAGAUUCAUCUCGAUUACAGUUAGCCGGGCUGAGUGAAAUACAUGCAAGUGUGCUCGCUAGCAUGAUCUAAGCCCGUCGAAGCCGCGACCAGCUCGUCCCCCUUUCCCGCGGAGGAUACACACAUCCGUACAGGACUCUGAAUCAGGCCCUCAACAUGUCGAAGAUGCCGGCCAAGAAGAAGAGCUGUUUCCAGAUCACGAGUGUGACUCAGGCCCAGGUGGCGGCGAUAGGUGGCGCGGACGACACGGAGAGUCUGGACGACCCGGACGAGUCGCGGGCCGAGGACGUGUCGUCGGAGUUGUACGACAUGUCCCGGGCCGACUACGAGCCGGCGUGCGACAGAAGUUCAUCCGAAGAGGCGCUGAAUAAUGUCGGAGAGCCGGAGGCGGCCGGUGUCGUGGCCCCGUCACACAUACCUCAAGCCGGUCACUUGUCUGCGCUGUCAAGCAGUCCCGCGGGGGAGUUCCGAAAAGUGGGAGUGUCGGCCUCCGCUCCGGGUGGCCAGCAGCCGCAGGCGAUCGGCGUCGCGCCUGGUUUACCCGUCGUCGCUCAGGCCGGGGCAGCGCAGCAGCAGCAGCCGGGCGCCGCGCCGGGCGGCGUGUCCGCCAACACGCCCCAGCCCGCCCCCUCCACGGUGGGCUGCACGUCCCGCUUCCGGGUCAUCAAACUCGACCACGGUACUGGAGAACCCUUCCGGAGAGGCAGGUGGACGUGCACGGAGUUUUACGAGAAGGACUCUGAUGGCUCUAGGACUGUGGACAGCAUCAGGCAUGCCAGUGCGACAUUGGACCCUGCCGCGGACAGAGACAGUGGGCUGGGGCUCACGGGGGUCUCUGUGGUUUCCCCGGCAACACACUCAGGUCAGGGCUUGGGCUCCGCGGCGGAUGCUUCUCUCGCUUCACCCCGCAUGCAUUCAGUGGAGACACUGCCACAGCAGCAGCAGCAGCAGCAGCAGCAGCAGCAGCAGCAAAUCCAACUGCAAAACUUCAGCGCCCGACAGCAGACCAUUGGCGGGUCGGCCACGCAGAGUGCGUUCUCCAGCAACAUGCCCACAGCUGUCCUGGCUCAGCCAACAGUGAUGUGUCUGCAGCCUCCCGCUCCCCAGAGCGUGCUGCCUGUCGGACUAAAUGGCCUGCCUCAAGCUGGUGUCCACAUCCAGAAGUCCCCCAUCAUGCCUCCCUCAGCCCAGGCCAUCGCUUACCCUCCCCAGCAGCAGCAGCAGCAGCAGCAGCAGCAGCAGCAGCAGCAGCAGCAGCAGCAGCAGCAGCAGCUUCUUCCAAUGGGCCACCCCAAUCCUACUGGAUUGUUGCAGACCCAGACAGAGUACUAUCAGCAGCAGCAGCAGCCUGCUUCCAUGCAGCCAGGGCUGUCCACCCAGCAGUCCCUCCAAGUGUCCGGCAUCUGUACAGGCUUGCAGCCUGGGGGCCAAGGACCCGCGUUGGUCAUUGCUCAAACCCCAGGAGGGGCCACUUUGCCAAGUCAGGUUGGAGAUAUGGCUGGAGCAGGAGGGGGACCUGUACCAACUGGACCACCAGCUACGGGCCUCUUGCAGCAGCAUCCUGUAGGAAUGGGAGGUGUCGCAGGCUCCGUGCUGGUUGGUGGACCCGCUCUACAGCAGCAGCAGCCUGUGAGUCAGUAUGCAGCUGCUGGACAGCCUCAACCGCACGGCCUCCAUCCUACAUCCUCCGGUGUACAAAAUGUGCCUGCCAUCGCAGCGAGCUCCAGUGUGCCCGCUGCUGUGCCCAGUGCCUCCGGUGCAGCCAUGCCAAAUGUGACCGCUUCCAGUUUGCCUCUGGGUCAGAUACCCCACAGCAAGACCCUCGUGGCUCUGGGGGCGCAGGGCCUCCCAGCAGCUGGAUUUGGACAGUUGGAGGGUGGUAGUGGUGGGAGGAAGUCGGAGGGUCUGGUCAACGCACAGUCUCUUGUUGUCUCCGGGAAGUCCCUCAUGCCCGAGGGCCUGCAGCUCACCACUCCAGCUGUCAACAGCCUGUUUGGAAUCCACAUACCUCUGGACGGGGAGGAGGACAGGAACCCCUCCAAGGCUUUCUACCAGGCCUUCCAGUCUGGCAGGAGAUUAAGAGACUCAAAGGCUCACAGUGAUAGUGCCUCUGGAACCAAUGUUGUUGCCAUUGAUAAUAAAAUUGAACAGGCUAUGGACCUCGUGAAAAGCCAUCUGAUGUACGCAGUGCGCGAGGAGGUGGAGGUCUUAAAGGAGCAGAUCAAGGAGCUGUUUGAGAGGAACUCGUUGCUGGAGAGGGAGAAUGCCGUGUUGAAAUCUCUGGCCAACAGCGAGCAGCUGUCCCAGCUGCCCUCCCAGUCGCCCGCAAGCUCCGGCGCCACGCCUCCCCAGCAAGGACUCAGCCAUCCUCAGCAACAGGCGCAGCCUCAGCUUCAAGUUCAGACGAAUACGCAGCCACAGUCCCACCCCCACCCCCAGCUCCAGCUCCAGACUCAGCCCCAGCUCGACCCAGGCCAACAACAACAACAACAGCAACAACAACAGCAACAACUGCAACCCAACGUCACCUCUGCUUGAAGUGCAUCUGCCCUGCUUCGCAUUGGGGCAGAAAAUAAAGAGCAUCUUCUCUACAGCUUCUUACAGUUAGUGUAUGUGAAAAUAAAAUGAAGAAAAAGAAAAAACUUUGUCUUCUUAGCCACCAGCUUGACCACAAAGUACAGUAUGUGUGUGUGUGUGUGCGCGUGUCUGCGUGCGUGUCUCUGCGUGCGAGUUAGGAAGCAAGUGUGAAUUUGGUGUUGGAAUAUGUAUGCAUCUGUACUGUGGGCCUUUCUAGUGUUAAUGCAAUCAUCGAGAGAGAGAGAGAGAGAGAGAGACGGAGAGACUUGGAAAGAGAAAGUGUGUGUAGAGACCGAGUUUCGGGGGAAGGUUGUGGGGCGUUUGUUUUCCAUCUUGUGCUCACCCACUGAUUCCAGCCUAUAGAGAGGACGUCCCGUCUUGGACCGGGUCGCGAGUGAGACGCCCUUCGACCGGACCUGAAACCCGCUCAAUCCGAGGGGCGCGGAAAGGUGGAGGCGUGAGGCGUACACACCUCACGUGAGGGACAUAUGGGAGUGAUUGUCAAAAAAAGAGUGAUUAUUUUUUUAAAUGAGACAAUUGGGUAGGUAAAGAGUUAUUUUUAGCCUUGUUGUUCCAUGUUGUAAAGUAAGAAGUGGGAGAGAGUUUGUGUUUUUCUUCUUUCUUUUCUUUCAUCUUGGAGCGCCACACUGCUGCCGUUACUUUCACAUCAAGUCCAACUCUUGCAUCGGUCUUUUGAGUCCUACUGUUAAGUGUUUUAUUUAUUACAGGGCUGCUAUUUUCACAAAUGAACAAUUUCGUGAGACCUGUUUAACAGUAGCCCAUCGACCUGUUUCUCUCUUCUUUUACAGUGUUUCGACAGAUUGGCCACAUAUCGCAGGGGCAAUGCUUUAUUGUAGUCAAAAUGUAGGCAAAACUAAUUCUGACAUACCGUUUCAACACUAAAACUCACGAUUCACGCUCGCAAUCGCCAGUUCAGAGCGCAAGUCCAGAUACAGAGUGUACAUUUUUGUUUAGUAUAAAGUAUUAUGGCCCUUUGAUGGGUGACUGUUCACCCGAUCACAUCAAAUCUUAUCGUGAGCCUGCACAAGACAUUUGAAGAAUCAAUCCUGUCUGUAGUUUAUCUCAAAGUGAAUUAGUAUUGCCAUACCCCCCCUCCGUACCUUGUUUAUUUUCUCCUUUGUUUUUCCUGAGGGGGCCAUGGGGGAGAAGCUGUGAAAUCAUUCAUCCUACUUUGUAACCAAAGAUGCAAAGCUGUGUAAAUGGAUAUUUGUUAAAUGCACAUGUAUUUUUCUUUUCUUUUUUUUUUUUGUUACUUCCUCUUUCACAAAAUCUUUUGUUGCUGUUAAAGCAUGUUCUGCAUGAUCUGUAAUUUUCAAACCACUUUCUUACCUCAUUUUUAUUCAGCACUCUUAUUGUAAGAUAGUCUGUGAACAGUGUAAAUUGGGGGUAAACGAUGUGGCGCAGAAAGAAAGAAAAAAAAAAUAGCCCUGGUGUUCCUGACACUAGUCACAGAAAAAUGAAGUGAGCCAUGUUUUGUUCAUUUAAAUGGUGUUUGAAUUUCAUAUGCCAAUAGUUUUGUUACAUUGCAAAUUUUAAUGUAUUUAAAUAAAAGCAAUAUUCAGAUUCCAAAA